AUGACGAAUUUAAAGAAAGCUCUUGUUCUUUUCUGUGGAGUGUGUGCGAUAGCGAAGCUCUGUAAUGGCGAAGCGUUUGAUUCCAGCCUUGACAAACGUAUGUUUUUUCAAUUUGUGUUCUGCAAUACUUUGGCUCUGGAGUCUCUCCUGGUUUAUGUCAUCAGAGGCUGCCCAGACAUCUGGGCAUUCAGCAUGGUGGGCGGCUUCCUCUUUGCCCUAGGAAACCUCACCAGUGUGCCAAUCAUAAAAACCAUCGGACUUGGAAUGGGCUUCCUCAUUUGUGCCUGUAUACUGUUCUUCCUUAAAACAGAAAAUGAGGAAAAGGGAAGUCAUGAGGAGAAUGAGGAGAGGAAGCCCCUGCUUCAUAGCAAAAGCAUAAACCCAAAUCAGGCGAUGGAUUCCCCUGACUAUGACCACAUUCAGUCUGACAACCUCAACUCUCACAUCACCUGGGUUGAGAAACUCAGUCCCAUGACCAGAAAGAUCUUUGGUUGUGUACUAGCAGUUUUUGCAGGACUAUGCUACGGCUGUGCCUACACCCCAAUCAUCUACAUAAAGAACAGCUCUUUGAAGAAUGGCACAUCUUUUUCAGGAGCCAGUCAGUUCGAUUUGGACUAUAUUUUCCCUUAUAUGCUGGGGAUCAAUACACUGACCUCAGUGUCAUUCUUUGGGUAUUGUCAAGUGAUGAAAAAUAUUCCUGCUCUGCCAUCCAGAUGCGUGUUGCCAGCUUUCUGUGGAGCAUCACUGCUGUUUGCUGCCCAGUGUGCCUUCUUCACGGCGAGCUACUUCCUUGGGACGCUCAUCACAUUUCCUGUUGGAACUGCAGGGACCAAAAACUUCGUCAUCCUCACAGCUGUUCUCAUCACUGUUCUUGGUGGAGUCACACUAAUCUUCCUGUCAAAGAUGGAAAUGUGA